GGUGGCGGAGGCGGUGGCGGUGGCAGGUCCGUUUCCUUGGGAACUGCGUGGAGCGGGCGCUGAGGAAAUGGAAGCUGUCGCUGCUUAUCGCAGCAGCAGUGGUGAGUAUAUUCUCCGGCAUUUCUAGUUGACACAAUGACAGACUUUGAGAAGAACCUCAGCCAGGACAUGAUUUCUCAGCUGCACAACUUUGCUGCCGUGGGAGAUGCAACCAGACUUAAAGCACUGCUCAGGCAUUCCCCGUCACUUGUCAACGCAGCUGCAGGGAAUGGCUGGACAGCCCUGAUGUUUGGUGCCAGGAAUGGACACCUCGAGGUUGUGCGGGUUCUUCUUGAACAAGGGUGUGACAGAUCCAUCAUUAAUAAAUCAAGGCAGACAGCUCUGGACAUCGCAAAAUUUUGGGGGUACAAACACAUAGCUAAUUUGUUGGCUAAUGUCAAGGGUGAUCAGAAGCCUAAUUUUUUGUCAAAUGAUGUGAAAGAAUAUGAAAAUUAUUUUGGCAUGACACUUCUGGACAGAAGGAGUGAUAAAAGAACAGAUUCCAAGUGGCUGAGUAAAAAACAAAGCCAUCCAACUACAGUAUACAUCCUCUUCUCAAAUCUAAGUCCCCUAGUUACUUUGGGUGGGGGAAUAGAUAGUUCCCAGCAGCCAGAAGUAAAGCUUUGCAGGCUGUACCACAAGGAUGUGGAGCAGUGCCUGAACAAAACUGAAGAGCGUACCUUAAUUUUUCUUGGAGUUGAACUUCUUCAGAACCUGGCAGCUGCUUGCAAUGGGAGAGUUCUGCAAGAAGAGGAAGAGGACGGGUUAGUUGCUUGGUUUGCUCUUAGCAUAGAUUCUGCUUCUGCUGAGAAAUUUAAACAGAAGCAUGAGGACUGUUACUUUCUUCACCCACCAAUGCCAGCACUGCUGCAGCUACCUGAAAAAGAAGCUGGAGUAGUAGCCCAGGCUAGAUCUGUUCUAGCAUGGCAUGACCGUUACCAAUUCUGCCCAACAUGUGGGAGUACAACCAAGACUGAAGAAGGGGGUUACAAGAAAACUUGCUUAAAAGAAGAUUGUCCCAGUCUCCAAGGAGUUCACAACACAUCAUAUCCAAGAGUUGAUCCUGUUGUGAUAAUGCAAGUCAUCCAUCCGGAUGGGAACCACUGCCUUUUAGGUAGGCAGAAGAGGUUUCCUCCAGGUAUGUUCACCUGCCUUGCUGGAUUUGUAGAACCUGGCGAAACAAUAGAAGAUGCUGUUCGAAGAGAAGUGGAAGAGGAGGCUGGAGUCAAAGUUGGCCACGUUCAGUACGUCUCUUGUCAGCCAUGGCCAAUGCCCUCAUCCCUAAUGAUUGGCUGCUUGGCUGUGGCAGUGUCCACAGAAAUUAAAGUUGACAAGAACGAAAUAGAGGAUGCCCGCUGGUUCACUAGAGAACAGGUCGUGGAAGUUCUCAUCAAAGGAAACCAGCGUUCAUUCUUUGUACCACCGAGUCGAGCUAUUGCACACCAGUUGAUAAAACACUGGAUUGGAAUGAGUGCUAAUCUUUAGUUCAAAUAAUAUAAUCAAAUAAUUGAUUUAAGUUACUUCUCCUGUUGAAUACUAAAUUAGGAAUAAACUAGAAUUGUUAAAUUAGGAAUAAACUAGAAUUGUUUAUCUAGUAAAUGUGCAACCAUGUGAUUUUUUGAGCCCUUCCUUAGGUUCCUGAGCUAAAGGAUCAUUUGUAGGUGUUUUCAGAGCUGAAUUAGAAAUGGGCAACAAUUAUCCCAAACAAGCAAGCAACAAAUAGUUAGAACUGGUACCUCGUUGUUCACAGGCUGGUUUUUUGUCCUAGAAUCAAAUUACUAUGCUUCUUGCUGUUAUACUUCUAAUGUUUGAUUUGGUCCUUCCUCCACUGGAAAGAGUCACAGCAUUACAAAGAGGGAUGUCUGACUUUGCCUGCUGUUUGAAUUCUGUGUUUACAUCCUCCUAUUUUAUCUUAAUUGCUUCUUUCUCAUUUUUGCCUUUCUACAUUCUUUAAGUUCCACCUGUCACAAAAAUCAGCAUUCAGUGCUGAAAGUGUCACCAAAAAUGGUUAUUUUUAAGCUAAUAACAUAUGUAAAUGGUGAAUAUGUAGUACUAGGUAUCUUUUACAUUAAUAACCUAAUUUAAGUUAAUGCUCUAAGCAGAGCAUUUAUUCAUCCUUUCUGAUUUGGCCUGCACUUACCCAAUUGCAUGUCAGCCUGAAUUUAAAGGUAUAACACAAUGCUCUGAUUUCACAAAGGUGUUGGAGAGCCAUCCCCAAAAGCCUAAAUAUUAGUAUUUUGUAAGAUAAUAAUGUACUUACUGCCCCUAGGCAGUGAGAUAUGUCAUUCUCUGAUGAUUAAAAAUGGAACUGGAGGAGGAAAAACAAGACAUAUCAUCUCAAAAUAUGCACAAAAUUCUUUAUGAAAGUGGAGAUGCUAAGAUUGUUACUGCUGUUAAGAAAUUUACACUUGAAAUAAGUUUAUUAACUGCAGGUGUAAGAUUGGAAAAGCGUUACAUGAAUUAAAAUAUUUACUUAUGUGUACUUAAUGCUAUAGUUCAGAUUUGUGCCUUAAUUUAUCAAGGUUUUGAAAAGAAUGUUAACUUAAUAUUUUCAAAAUAAAAGUAUAUUAUUUUUAUUA